AUGCUGUCGAGAUCACUACCUUGCACUCUGCUUUUACAAAUAUUGAUUAAAGGAAAGUGUCAACAGGAAGGGGACUACCUGCCCGCGACAUGCAAUCUUACUGCCCAAAUAGAGCAUCACAGCUAUGACUCUGCGCGCAACCGUCGCACACAAUGUAAUCAGGUAGUACAAGAGCAUCGACAUCUGGGAGUCAUCAGCUAUCACGCGCUAUUGGAAAAGCCUAUGCAUUUACCACCUCGUACGCACAUUGUGGAUCAACUUCUAGGACUUCUCCUCCCUCCGGCGAUACAUACCACUAGACAAGUACCAUUCAUUACAUUCUUCUGCCAAGCCAACCUCUACCACUGCUACACCAUGCGAGCACACCACCCCUCAAACCCGCCCCUCAAACUCCCAUCCACUCAUAACCCAUCCCAACACACCGCACAGUCCCUUUCCAACACCCCUUUUUCUAAAAAAGAAAAAAUGGGAGUAAAACGAAAGGCAAAACCUCACAAUCCUCGCCCUCCAUUCUCUUCUUCCCUCAACAUCAAUACCAAUGCCAAUAAUGAAGAGGAAGAAGAAGACACAUUCCAGUCCAUGCCACUAACCUCCUUUAACAUCCAUUCGCCUCCCCGUAAAUGGGGUUUUUCAAAGCAUCAACGAGUCACUGCUGCUAUCCUCAAAGUCCAGAAAGAAGGACUCGUGAGGGGUGGAAAGAUGUGGGAUGUGGGUGAGUUGAGGGUUUUUGAGGUGCUUGGAGUGAGCGAGAUGCUUAGGCGGCAGGAGGGAGAGGCGAAAAGGGGAAUUGGAGGGACGAAAUAUAGGACCAAGUGGAGGAAGGGGAAACGAGAGGAGAAGACUGCCGACAAACGUCCCACCGAUUACUCAAUAACCGACUCCAAGAGAAGCACGUCCAAUGCCAACAACCCAACGUUCAUCGCACAGGCUGCGAAGAACAAACACUCCGGGAAGAGUGGCAACGACGAGAAGGAUAUCAACAGACGUCGGGUCCAUGAACCCGAUCCUCUGCGGAAUAGUCAUCUUCCCUCGUUUAACGAUGAGAGGAAAAGAACAGAUGCUAUUAUUCACGAAAACCAGCGAUUUAUGAGGACGGCGAUGAAUAGUGAUGCGGUGAAGAGGGGGAGGGGAAUGCGUGAGAAUGGAGUUCAUAGUAAGCAUUCCAAGACAGAAGGAGGUUAUAAAGAUGGUGCUGUCAUACAGAAAUCUGGCUCUAGUAGUGUGGCGGGGCGAAAGGGACACUCCUGCCCUCAUCCUUCAUCUGGAGAAGGAAGACUUAAGAGUGGACAUGGAGAUGUUCUGCAUCCACUGGGAAUGCGAGAACUCGUGGGUAGGACACAGAGAUCUACUCCACAUCGUAACAGCACCGCAUUUAACCUCGAUCCCAACAGUAGAUCCAUACAGUACAAGCCAUCUCACCACCAGCCUCGAGCUCUCCCUCAAUCCCCUCAACCCCCUUAUACAGCUCACCACAUCCCCUCGACCCCCCGGCCAAUACACAUCAACCCAGCUAAGCCUCAAAACACCACCGCAUCCUACCUCCCAACUCGCCCAUCCACAAGCACAGGACACCACCAAACGACACCUCCAUACAAUUCCAUUCAUCGCCGACAGUCCCAGCCACCACAUUACCGCACACAAAAGAAUACCCAGCCUAUCAUCUCGAUGCCAAAACCACAAUUCCACCCUUCCUCCCGAAACGCAGCAGCGCCGUAUAAACGAUGGCAAAAACCUCCUUCUCCGGUACAACAACAUCACCAUACGAAAGUGCAUACGACCAACACGGGCUUUAAAGUGCCUCCUUUCCCACCUCCUCUUUCUUCGUCUCCCGCAUUAUUAUCGCAGUUGAAGAAACAGCGACAUCGCUUCAGUAUAAUUCCUUCCCACCGCGAGAUUGCGGCCAAGAAGGGGGGAAUAGAUUCACCGGAUCCACAUCAAACACCUCAAAGCUUUCCUCCCGCACAAAAAUCUUUAUACCCAAAAGCCGCCGUACAUACGAUUGGCACUUCCCUUCCAGUCCCCCCUCCACCUCCACCUCCACCUGCUUUCCAUACGCUACCACGGCAAGAAAACCAGCGACAGAACAGAUCCAAAAUAACCCCUUCUACUCUGAAAAACAAGCAAAGCAAACACACAAACCCGCGCAGCGAAACCGCAACAAAAAAGAAGCAGCAGCAGAGAUCAACCCCUACAAACACCUACACACCCCAUCGAACCUACUCGAAACGGCAAAAACGCCACUGGCUACAUCAAGGGAAAAAGAGUACCACUGGAAGUAGCAAGGACAUACAUGCAACCAGCAACGACGAGAUCCUCCCGCCUCCGCCUCCGCCUCCGCCCCCACCACCAAUCGCACUGAUUCUAUCAAUGGGCGCAGCGCAAGGGAAGAAGGAGCGCAGAGAUGGAAAGAGAUCGAUCAUGCGCCGCCCAUCGAAUAUUCCUCACGAGACAAAGCAGAAGAAGAACAAGAACAAGAACAAGAACACGAAAAAGGACAAAAAGAAGAAAGAGGAUUACGCACCUCCUCCACCUCCACCACCAAUCCCCCCACCAACCCCAUCAAACCCCCAUCUCAAAAAUCAAAGGAAUAGAAUGAGUUUGCUUGCCCGCCGCGCGGUCCCAUCUACACUCAUCCCCAACGCGAUAUCGAUAUCGCAGGAGGAGGAUGGAGUGCUGCUUACUCCUCCUCUUCCUCCCAUUACUGAAAAUACUCUUCUUCCUGCCGCUGGUAAUACUGAUACUUCAGAUGCUGAUGCGUUGGAACGACCGGGCGGAUUUGGAACGGCUGCUGCGGUGAAGCCGGGGAGGGUUAAGAGGGUUGUUAGUAUGGUUGCGGAGUUGAGGGCGUUUUGGGGGGAGAGGGAGGGUAAAGGUGGGUAGGGUAGUGUUAUAUAUAUACGUGUCUGUGUGUUGGACCUGGGCAAAUGAGCGU